UAUCAUGGAAGAGAUUCGCCAGAGAAGACUGUUGAUGGUCCCAGCACCGUUCGAAGGCCAUUUCCCUUCGAUGAUGAACUUAGCCUCCUACCUUUUUUCCCAAGGGAUUUCAGUCACAGUUGUUCAAACCCAAUUCAACUUCAAAGAUCUCUCUGCUAGCUUCCCUGAUCUCAACUUCUUCACCAUAAAAGACGGCAUGUCAGAAUCCGACAUGAAGUCUCUCGGGCUCCUUGAAUUUAUCCUAAGGCUCAACUCUAUAUGUGAACCCAUUUUGAAAGAGCUUCUAAUCAUCAAUGAUGAUGUUGACUUUAUCAUAUAUGAUGAAUUUGUCUACUUCCCUCGAGGUGUUGCAGAAGAUCUUCAUCUUCCCAAUAUGAUCUUUAGUCCUUCUUCGGCGGCUACUUCGAUCAGCCGGUGCGUGCUUAUGGAUAACCAAUCAAAAGGGUUACUUCCUCCACAAGAAGCAAUAUCUCAGCUUGAAGAAAUGGUGCCAGAGUUUCAUCCCUUUAGAUUUAAAGAUCUGCCUGUGACAGCUUAUGGAUCUAUGGAGAGAUUAAUGAUCCUUUACGAGAAUGUAAGCAAUAGAUCUCCAUCUUCUGGCAUAAUACACAAUUCUUCAAAUUGCUUAGAGAGCUCAUUCAUAUCAACUGCACAAGAGAACUGGAGAGUUCCCGUGUACCCGGUUGGUCCACUCCAUAUGACCAAUCCCGCUACGUCAUGUCCGAGUUUAUUUGAUGAAGAAAGAAACUGUCUCGAAUGGCUUGAGAAGCAAGAAACAAACUCCGUGAUAUACAUAAGCAUGGGGAGUUUGGCGAUGACACAAGAGAUAGAGGCUUUGGAGAUGGCCAUAGGAUUUGUUGAGAGUAAUCAACCUUUCUUGUGGGUGAUCCGACCAGGCUCGAUAAUCGGACAAGAAUCCUUAGACUUCUUACCGGAACAAUUUAGGCAAACGGUAACCGACGGGAGAGGUUUUGUAGUGCAAUGGGCUCCACAGAAAGAGGUGUUAAGGCAUAGAGCAGUGGGAGGGUUUUGGAACCAUUGUGGAUGGAACUCAUGCCUGGAGAGCAUAAGUAGUGGCGUACCAAUGAUUUGCAUGCCAUAUUCUGGUGAUCAGAAAGUGAACGCUCGACUUAUGUCACAUGUUUGGCAAACCGCGUUUGAGAUCGAAGGUAAAUUGGAAAGAGGAAUUGUAGAGAGAGCUGUGAGGAGGCUCACUGUGGAUCAUGAAGGCGUAGAAAUGAGAAUGAGAGCCAUUAGACUUAAGGAGGAGAUUGAAGCUUCUGUCAGGAUAGGAGGCUCUUCUCGCAGUUCUUUAAACAGUUUGGUCGACAGAAUCAUGUCAUUAACAUCAUUACGAUCGCCUCCAAGCCACAACAUAAAAUGAGAAAAAGACUCACAAUUAUUUGUAUCAUUAACGAAGUAGUUGAUUGUGAAGAUUACAGUUGA